AUGAAGGUCGGAAUCGCAGGCAUCACCGGCAAAUUCGCCCGCCGCCUCCUAACGCACCUCCUCGAACCCAGCAAUCCCACCCUCACCAUCAAAGGCUACUGCCGCGACCCCUCCAAGCUUCCCGACUUCCUCAGAUCCUCCCCCCAACUCGAACUCAUCCAAGGCGACGCCUUCAACACCGAGCUGAUCGCCUCGUUCGUGAAAGACUGCGACGUCGUCGUCUGCUGCUACCUCGGCGACGACAAGCUCAUGCUCGACGGCCAGAAGCUCCUCAUCGACGCCUGCGAGGCGGCGAAUGUACCCCGCUACGUCGCGAGCGACUGGGCGCUCGACUACACGAAGCUCGAGCUGGGCCAGCUGUUCGUCAAGGACCCCAUGCUCCAUAUCAAGGCGUACCUGGAGACCAAGAAGGUGGUCAAGGGCGUGCAUAUCCUGGUCGGCGGGUUCAUGGAGCCGAUCUUCAGCCCGUUCUUUGGGAUCGUUGAUGCGCAGGCGAACGCCUUCAAGUACUGGGGUGAGGGCGAUGAGGUGUUGGAGGGCACGACGUAUAGUGAUGCCGCGAGGUACACGGCGAGCGUUGUGCUGGACCCUGAGGCCACGGGGCUUCUGAAAUUCCUCGGAGGUCGCACCACGAUCAAGGAGCUCGCAAAGUCCUACGAGAAGGUGUAUGGUGUCCCCGUGACGCUUGAGAAGCGCGGAUCCCUAGACGACCUUUACAAGACCAUGCAUGAGCUGCGGGCUAAGGAGCCCCAGAACAUCUACAGCUACAUGUCUAUGUUCUUCUACUACUACUGGGCGAACGGACAGACUGUCCUUGGCCCUGAGCUUGACAAUGCCCGCUACCCUGACGUCAAGCCCGUCGACUGGGAGGGAUUCAUGUCCCUCUGGUCGAGGGAGCAGCUUGGCACCGCUUUCUUCUCCUUGGGUCAAAUUGGACUUAAUCUCAUCCUUGAGUGGCCAUUCGCCCUUUACAACCUGAAUAACUGA